ACUUCCCACAAUUCCUUGAACUAUUCAACAUGGCGACCCCCGUCGGAUCGAUGCAAGAGCAAGCGAUGCGGAGAAAAGAACGUUUAAAAGCGUUAAGACAGAAACAACAGCCUGAAUCAGAGGAUACAGAGAAUACAGAACCACCGGCCAAGAAGCAGCUCACAGAUGAACAAAUCACUGAAGAAAGGAAGCCAGUGUUCAAGAACUACAAUCCCGGUGAUGACGCACUGAAGGAGCAGUUAUUACCCAAAGCACAACUGCCGUCAGUUGAGGAACAUAUCAAGGACCAGCUUGAGGCUGCCAAACCGGCCCCGGUUGUGGAGGAAGUUGAUCUGGUGAACCUCGCACCGAGAAAACCUGACUGGGAUCUGAAGAGAGACAUCGCCCCCAAACUGGAAAAACUUGAGAGGAGGACACAAAGAGCAAUUGCAGAACUUAUCCGAGAAAGAAUACAAUCUGACCAGGGGACGGAUCUCUUGACCGCAGUCGGUGCCCAGCAACCACCUCAAGAACCACAAGGAGACUCGUCCGACGAUGAUUAAACAACAGAGCCAUUGAUUGGCCAAUCCUUACUGCUGUGUUUGCGGGCCAGCCAAUGAGCUGGAGGCUCUUGGAUUGUAUUUGCAACCAUGUCUAACACUCAAUGAUUGGUUGAAGACCAAGUCUUGUUUGUGUGGAGAAAGCCAGUAAGCAUUUUGCAUUUUGAGGUGAGCUCUCUGUUUCAAACCAUGAUCUCACU